AAAAUUAACUUAGAAAAUCUGUUAAAGAAAAAUCGGGAUUAAAUUGAAUUAAUGCCUUUUGUACUCAAUUGAGAAAAAUGUAAAAUGAAAGUUGUAUCCUGUAGGGACCCAGUUGUGACUAGGAAGGAAGUUGAGGAUCGAAAAGAUAGGUGGAGGAAAUUUGUGGAUCGAAGCAUAAAUCCAGCCCCUUCAAAUAUGUUGUCGUUUCACUCAAGGAGGGGAAACAAUCGAGGUCAUCUUCCUCCUAGCCCAACCCUACCGUUAAUGCUGUGCGCUGCCAUGGCAAAGUUCUUCACGGCUUAACCCCUUAAUCCGAUGAUCAGCCCAGCCUUAAUCAAAGACGAAGUUUCGCGGAAGGUACCCUAGCCAAGGCUUGUGUGGGAUUCUGGUAUAAAAGGUGGAUGCACUUGUAAGGAGUGGAAUGGUUAUUGGACUAGGGUCUGGUCAGGCUUCUGGUAUGGCUAUACAAUAUUUGGGGCAGCAACUUUGUGAAGGUUAUUUAAAAGACAUAAUAGGGGUACCUACAUUGGUUUUGCAUUUGAUGACGUUGAUAUCAUAGAGGAAGGAACACUAAUUGCAGUCAUUGGGCACCAAAGAUUGCAAGGUGAGGAGUCCAUAAUCCAAGAGAAGAGGAAAGCUGUUCUCACAUAUAUUUUGAUUGCUGCUCUGUAAGUUUGGGAUUCAUAGCUAGUAGCUGGGAAGUUGAAUGGAGUAGGCUCAGGAGAAUUUGUGGAUUGAGGAACAAUAGAACUAGGAAUCUAUGCAAGGUGUUGAUCAUGACUGUAU